UGCGACAUUGAGUGCUCUUGCAAUAAAUGGUCAGGAAUUGAUUAUUACCGAUGCAAUUACGUCACGUAUUCAAAAUCGAGGCAUACACGCAAGUGUGGUUUUUGGAACUGGAGAAGAUGUCCAUAUUACAGGAAGUCUAAAAGUACAAAAUCCAGGUGGUGCAGUCGGACAUGUCCAGUUCAUGGUAGAUGGGGAAAUCGGGGGUCCUGGAAGAAGAACGGAAAAUGUAGUAAAUCGUGUGGCUAUGGAACACAGAGAUACUACCAAACCAGGGCUUGUAUAGGACCAAAACACGGAGGCAGACCAUGUAGAGGGGCAACGGUCCAAUAUAAAAGCCAGACCUGUCUGAUUCGUCAUUGUCCAGUUCAUGGCAGAUGGGGGAAUUGGGGGUCCUGGAAGAAGAACGGAAAAUGUAGUAAAUCGUGUGGCUAUGGAACACAGAUAUACUACAAGACCAGGGCUUGUAUAGGACCAAAACACGGAGGCAGACCAUGUAGAGGGGCAACUGUACAAUAUAAAAGCCAGUCCUGUCUGAUUCGUCAUUGUCCAGUGAAUGGGAAAUGGACUCAAUUCGGACCAUUUACAAAGUGGACACCCUGUAAUAUCACAUGUGGCGAUGGUAUUACUACUAGACAACAGGUCUGCAGCUGUAUGAAUCCCUCUCCUGCCCAUGGAGGCAGGCAGUGUUCAGGAUCAGAGAUCAACAUGGAAAGGAAACCCUGCAAUUCUAAACCCUGCCUAGUUAAUGGAAAAUGGACUGGUUUUGGGGCAUCUACAAAUUGGACUCCCUGUAAUGUCACAUGUGGCGGAGGCACCACCACGAGAAAACAGGUCCGCACGUGUACAAAUCCUGCUCCGGCCCACGGUGGAACACACUGCUCUGGGUCAAGUGUUAAAAUUGAAAAGAGGGAUUGUAAUUUGAAUCCAUGUCCAGUCAAUGGAAAAUGGAUUUUGUUUGGAUCUUUUACAAAGUGGACACCCUGUAAUGUCACAUGUGGCGGUGGUAUAACUACUAGACAACAGGUCCGCAGCUGUACGAAUCCCUCCCCUGUCCAUGGCGGCAAACAGUGUUCAGGAUCAAAGAUCAACAUGGAGAGAAGAGCCUGUAAUUCUAAACCCUGUCCAGUUAAUGGAAAAUGGACUGAUUUUGGUGCUUUUACAUAUUGGACUUCCUGUAAUGUCACAUGUGGCGGAGGCACCACCACAAGAAAACAAGUCCGCACGUGUACAAAUCCUACUCCUGCCCACGGUGGAACACAGUGCUCUGGACCAAGUGUUAAAGUUGAAAAAAAGGAUUGUAAUUUGAAUCCAUGUCCGGUAAAUGGAAAAUGGACUUUGUUUGGAUCAUUUACAAAGUGGACACCCUGUAAUGUCACAUGUGGUGGUGGUAUAACAACUAGACAACAGGUCUGCAGCUGUACGAAUCCCUCCCCUGUCCAUGGCGGCAAACAGUGUUCAGGAUCAGAGGUCAACAUGGAAAGAAAACCCUGCAAUUCUAAACCCUGUCCAGUUAAGGGGAAAUGGACUGAUUUUGGUGCAUUUACAAAAUGGACUUCCUGUAAUGUCACAGGUGGCGGAGGCACCACCACAAGAAAACGGGUCCGUACCUGUACAAAUCCUACUCCUGCUCACGGUGGAACACACUGCCCUGGACCAAGUGUUAAAAUCGAGAAGAAGGAUUGUAAUUUGAAUCCAUGUCUGGUUGACGGCAUUCUAUUAUCUUGGGGCAGCUGGGUGUUAUCAAAGAGCUGUAGUACAACAUGUGGAAAUGGUUCGAAAGUUUAUGAGAGAAAACGUGUUUGUACACCACACACGUUUGGGGGAAAACCGUGUUCGGGAAAAAUUAGGGAAACGAAGACAUCAAAGUGUUUCCAAAGACAUUGCCAGUUGAAGGGAAAUGGUCUCCAUUUGGACCCUUUUCAAGCUGGACAACAUGUAAGGUGACAUGUGGUGGUGGUUUUAUGUCAAGACAACGGGUUCGUAAUUGUACUAAUCCAGCACCUGCUUAUGGCGGAAAACCGUGUUCCGGAUCGAAGACUAACUCCGAGACAAAAAGCUGCAAUAUAAACUCUUGUCCAAUCGAUACAACACCAUCGACAACUGCUGAACCAGAAGUGAGUGGGGGGAAAUCAAAGACAACAUCGGGUAAAAUGGCUGAAUUGACCACGAUGUCCAAUACUGUCACAUCAAUAGACAAGGUACCAAAGUUGAAACUAAAUGGCACAACCGAAUCUCCUGAUAAGAAAACAGGGUUAACAAUUCCAACCACUGUUGCUGAUAGCUCUGAGGAGAAAACUACAAUAUCUAAUAUUGAGAUAACUAACGGGAAGACAUUGAAUGCGGUAGUAAAUACUACCGGUAUAUCUCCCAAAGACAAUGUGAAAACAUCAACUUCAAAUCCAAUAUUACCCACUCCUAUAUCAACGGUAACCCCCGAGUUAGGAAAAAGCGGAAAAACAACCUGGAAAACUCUAGAUAACCAAUUGAAGAUUACUACUUCAAACGUGAUGUCAUCUGCGAAAGCACCAAAUACCACUGCACCACGCAAGCCAACAAAACUGAAAUGCAUUCAUGGAGCUUCGAGGGCUGACCCAAAUAGUUGUGGGAAUUAUUUUCUCUGCAAUCACGGAACAGAAACUCGAAUGUCGUGUCCAAUUGGAACAUUCUGGGAUGAAGUGACCAAGAACAGAAAUAUUAUUCCAAACGUCAUCCUUCUCUACAAAUGUAUUAGAGUGCUUUAUACAUGGAUUACUGUGUAGUCAAUAACACAUUUUAGAGAAAACGUUUCUCUUAAACGUUUGAUAAACAAUGACGGACAACUCUAGAAUUGACAAAUGUUGCACAGCCUUUUCCGCUUUAGUUAUAUACCAAUUACUAGAGUUUGUUCACACGAAAUAAAUGAAUAAAAGAAUCGACAUUUUGGUUAGUUUCGAUGUUUAAAUGGAGUAAGAAUCCACAUUGAAUUAACCCACACUAUACAUUUCAGAAACAAAUAGGAAUUUUUACCCAACCUCAAAUCUGAAGGAGUUUUACCCCGUGGGUUUUUCCAGAGAACCCAGUUGUGUUUUUGUAGGGUUUUCUGUGGAAAUGUUUAAGAACACAAAACCCGAUGGAAUCUUUUAUUUGACUUCACAUAUCUCAAACAUAGCUAAUAAUAUUAAUUGUUUCAUUUGUUUGUUUAUUUCAUGCGAAGAAACCCCAUGCAUUGGUAAUAUAAUUCGACAAUUAAAACAUCUAGAGUAACAUAUUUUUUCUACAAAUAGAACUGUGAUAUCACUAUAUACUAAAGCUGUCAAACUCAUAUGUACUCGGACUCGUUUCCGAGCAAAUUAUUCAUUUGGGAAAACUCCCAAAUACAUGUAUCUAUUUAGUUUCAAUUUAGUAUCAAUACCAUUAAAGAAAAUGGUUUGGAUGUUCUACACAGACACUAUGUACCAAGUUUGGCCCCGCCCUAGAGUCAGAAUAUCUACCAAGGGGGUCAUGAAAUUCACAAAUUUGGUAGAACAUCUUUCUGUUCUAUGUCACUAUGCAUUUAGUUUUUCAUUAAGAUAUGCGGUUAUAGAGAAGAAUAUUUUUGAAACUUUGUCCAGUUUUUGUCCUGACCCUAAGGCCCCAUUGGUGUAGAAAUCAUGAAAUGUACAAUGUAACCCCCUCCCCCGUCCCAGAAAUGCUUCAUACCAAACUUGAAAAGAAUUGGAAUGGUAGUUAUCAAGAAAAUAAAUAUGUUCUAUUGUUCACAUAUUCAAUAACAAACCAUUUUGGCCCCAUCCUGAUACCAAAACAUCUACCCCUGGGAUAAUCAAAUUUGCGAUUUUGGUAACGGACUACCUGUUCUUUCUAAAUAUCCAUUUAGUUUUAAUUUCGUAUCAAUAGCACUAAAAAGAUGUUAUUAUUGUCCUUUUAUUGUCGUCCACAAAUGACAAGAUAUGUAAAUGAAUGCAAUUGUUUUGCUUUAGUUAUGAAAACUUCGUAAAAAGUGACAUAUUCUGCGCUUGUAAACUACGUAAAUAUACGUAAAGGUAUGUACAAUAGUUUCAUUUGAGCCAUGAUACAUGUAGGUUUUACGGUGACAAAUACAAUGGCUGCAACUCUUUUUUUUUUUGAACACAGAAAUAUGACGUCACACACAUCUAGAAACACACAAAAGUCACAUGGUACACUAAAUUUACACUAGUUAAUGGCAAACUCCUCCGUCGAUGUUUCAUGGUAUAUAGAUUUGGUUUGUGUACAAACAAAUAUUGGCGGAAGUUUGUAGCUGAUAGUAGUUCUGUUUCUCAAUUGUUCAAGCUUAGACAAUACUAUUAGACAUUUCAGAGAAAAUUUCCAAUGAGUAUGUUCCAGAUAUUAUCGCAGUUACCUACAUGUAUGCUUGCUAAUUUUCAUGACACGUACUAAAUUAGUUUCGCUACGAUUCACCAGACGGACAAGUUACAUGUAUGUAAAAUUAGGACUUCCUAUGUGAUGAUGAAUUCACUUAAAGAUUCUAUACCGUAUUGAUAAUUUUAUGGACUGCGACUCACUAAUCCAGCAAGCAAUGCAAACGCACUGGUGAACACAAAUCCUGUCAUAGCUACAUGAAAGGUGAAGAUAACGAACAGUGAUCAGUAUGAUAACUCCUAUAAGCAAUAAAAAAUAGAGAGUUGGACAAACACGGACCCCUACGUGUAGCUGAAGAAUAUUGAAUUCCGGUUUUGAGGUUAUUCUUUCGACCCCGUACCGUCUGAUCACAAUCAUAUACAACAGAAACGCGACCUAUGUAAUAGUGUAAUGUUAAAAUUUUGUGAAGUCAAAUCGUACGAAACAAAAUUCCCCUAAACAGGUAAACAUUCAUUUAAAAACGACAAUGAUGAAGAUCAAUAGAUGAAAGGCGAAGAUAACGAACAGUGAUCAACCUCACAGCUCCUAUAAGCAAAAUAGAGUAGAUGUAGCGUAUAUCACGUCACAUUUUAGUUGAUCAUCCUAAUUAUCAUUUAUUUGAAUUUCAAACAUAUUAGUUAAUAUUUAAUAGUUAAUAUUUGUGAAAAACAACAUCUUCCUACC